UUUUUUUGUAUUUUGUACAUGAGAUUCUUAUCGAUACGCAUGUCGAAAUGUGUAUAUAAAUGCGGAUUGCGUAUCUUUUUAUAUGUAUUCUGUGAUGUUCAAAAUGCGUCGAGAUCGUCCACCAAUCCCGAGCGUAAGCCACGCGGUCAGUGGCGUCCUCGAGCGGCCAUUGACGUCGGCUGUUAUGAUCGGCCAUGUUGCUCUCCCGCAUCGGUCACAGAUGGCUGUGUAAAAGUCAACAACCGGUUUCCGACGGGAAAGGUGGAAGUUACGAUCGGAGUAGUCGCGCUACCUCAUUGCUGUCGUUGAUUUCUGUGUGUUUUAUUUUUUUUUUUUUUAUUUUUUUCGUUGUGGAACAGCUGCACGCGAGUCGAAUAUCGCCGCCUCCUUCCGCAUCUGCCGCCCGUUGUCUCGUCGCCCAGUAACCGCCGGACGUGGAGAAACGGUCAUCGACGAUGAGCACGAACAACGGAUUCCUCUUCGCGUGUUCUAGAUGUUUCUCCCGACAUCCCUUUGAGGAUCUUUCGCCGGGGCAACAGUUGUGCAAGGAAUGUCGAGGAGCUUACCCAGUUGUAAAAUGCACAUAUUGCAGAUCCGAAUUCCAACAAACAGUGAAAGGUAACACUAGCACCAUAUGUAAAAAAUGUGAGCAAAAUGUUAAGUCAUAUGGGAAGCCAUCAGCUUGCGAAUAUUGCAAUACCAUCGCCGCGUUUAUCGGUAGCAAAUGCCAACGGUGUACAAAUUCAGAGAAACGUUAUGGACCACCGGUUACAUGUGAACAGUGCAAGCAAAAGUGUGCCUUUGAUAGACAAGAUGAGGAUAAAAAGGUAGACGGCAAGUUAUUAUGUUGGCUCUGUACACUGUCGUAUAAACGAGCGUUGGCAAAGACUAAACAAUCAGAUGCAGAAAGAAGAGCACAUCUAAAACUGGCUCAGCAACGGGCAGCGAAGCACAAAGAACAAAAAUUAAAAGGUCAUAAUAAAAGACCGCAUAGAGUCGACGUGACAAAAUUGCCGCCGCAAUCAGAGAGUGGCGACACAAACGGUCCCACUCCAGCAAAAGCAGCGCGCAUGGCUGGUGUACACGACCCCCAUGAUCCAAAUAGCUCGGAUCAUGUGGUAGCGGUGACUCAACUUAAAGAAAAAAUAGCACAUCUCCAAAAACUGAUUACGCAAAAGGAUAAUCAGUUACUGGCAAAAGACAAGCAAAUAACCGAACUGAAGGCAAAGAAUUUUACUUCCGAAACAGAACUACGUAAUAAGAUGAAAGCGUCGGAAAAAGAAUAUGAGGCAAAAAUCACUACAAUGCAGCACAAGAUAAGCACUUUACUGAAGGAAAUAGCGUCGUUAUCAAAAACAUCCAAACGAGCUGACCGGGUGACCGCUACUAAAACGGAAGCUGGGACCAACAGUGGGAGCGGAACAGACAGUCCCUUACCUUGAUAAGAGACUCUAUUAGCUGUGACAACAUGUUUGCCUCAUAUUUACGCCUCAAAUUGCUAAUGACGUUCAUACGACGCACAUUACGCAUAGUUUAAUUAUUUCCAUUGAUACAGUGAAAUUGUAUUAUUUUUCUAAUUAUAAAUAUAGGUAUGUAUAUUAUUCUCUUCAUCACAAAAGAAGGUAUUAGCAUCUCCGUCUGAAGGAGAUCGUGCAACUGUACAAUUUAUACAUCAUGAUUUAGAUAGAUUUCUCCUGUUUUAUCUUUUUGAUAAAAGCACCCAGGUUUAUGCGAUCACUUUGCCUGACAAGUGAAAAGCGUGAUUUUUUACGGGAGACUCGGAAGGGAGAAACUAGUGAGCCUCAAAUUGUACAUUAAUCAUUCUUAUUUUAUGUGUUAUGAGAAAACAAAAAAAACUUUUGAGAAGACUUUUGACCAGAUCUUGAAGCAAAUCGCUCUUGAAACAUAAUGCAUGAUGUAUUAGACAAAUACAUCUGUGUAUAUCUGUAUAUGGACAUCUAUUAUAAGAGACAACGUUGGCAUUUUAUUAUUUAUAAUGAUGAUGUAAACAUUGGUGAAUCAAGAUAUGGUAACUGUAGCGCAUUUACAAUAAAAUGUGAAACACCAGUCGU